AGCACUACUUUCUUUCUUUCUCAUCUUCUUUUUCUCUCUCUUUCAAACGCCCCCAUCUCUUCAACUCCUUUCAUCUACACAAACUAUUAGCAUGCUUGAAUGUCAAGAGACAGGGAGAGAUUUGAUGAGAUAGGAAAGAGGAUCAAGAGAGAAAGCGAUGCUUCAACCUCAUCACAAAUGGGAAGAAGACAUUUUUCUUCAGGGACCUUGAACACAAUCACACCUUGUGCUGCAUGUAAACUUUUGAGAAGAAGAUGUGCUGAAGAAUGCCCUUUCUCUCCAUAUUUUUCUCCCCAUGAACCCCAGAAAUUUGCUUCCGUUCACAAAGUAUUCGGUGCAAGCAAUGUCUCUAAGAUGUUAAUGGAGGUUCCAGAGAGUCAAAGAGCGGAUGCUGCAAAUAGUCUGGUUUUUGAAGCAAAUUUGAGGCUUAGAGAUCCGGUAUAUGGAUGCAUGGGGGCCAUUUCGGCUCUGCAACAACAAAUUCAAUCGUUAUCGGCAGAACUUAAUGCAGUGAGGGCAGAGAUACUUAAAUACAAGUAUAGAGAAGCUAGCAAUAAUACCCAUGUUAGUAAUCCUUCUUGUACUAAUUUAAUUACUUCUGAGAUGGUAUCAAUUGUUGCACCAUCUCUUCCACCACGACCGCCGCCGCCUCCACCUCCACCGCAGCCUUCUAUGGUUGUUUCUUCUUCUUCUUCAUCUUCUAUUUCUUCUCUAUACACAGCUCCAACUACCACUUCCACGACAGGUUGUACCUCUCGAUACUUUGAUUAAUUUAAUCUUGUAGAACAUGAUCCAUUUUUCUUUAGUUUUGUCAUUUAUUAUAUCAAUAAUAAUUAUUAAAUAGAGUAGAAGAUUUAUGAGAUCUACUUAAAUGUUUGUUUGUUCA